AUGGCUCCCGUCUUCCACAUAAGACAGGCAACUCCAGACGAUGUGGAUAUUAUCUUGCAACUGAUCAUCGAUCUAGCUACUUAUGAAAAGGAACCAGAGUCGGUCAAGGCUACUCCUGAACUCCUCCACAAAAAUUUGUUUGAAACGCCAUAUGCUCAUGCUCUUCUUGCUUUUUCCGGGACCGCUGAGACUCCUGCUGAACCCAUCGGAUUAGCUUUGUACUUUUUCAAUUUCUCCACUUGGACUGGGAAACCAGGGCUCUAUCUUGAAGACCUCUACGUGAAACCUGAACACAGGUCAUUAGGCGUUGGCAAGGCAUUCUUUGGCCAACUAGGAAAGAUUGCACAAGAAAAGUGGAAUCAGCCUUCCAUCGACUUUUACGAGAAAAGACUUGGUGCAACACCCAUGUCAGAAUGGAUGGGCAUGAGGCUUGAAGGCCAGGGCAUCAAGAACCUCAACCAGUUUCUUUGA